GGCCAGCUCUCGCCUUUUCAGGCCAGUAGAAGCGAGAGAAAAAAUGGCCUAGCUAGCUUUUGUCCAUCUCUUUGAUUCCCUGCUCAUUCCAGUUAGGGGACACUACUCUCUGCACCUUGUAAAUCCCUCAAGAGCAGUCAGUUCAGGCACAUUAUCAUCUCAGUAUAUGGGCAUGAAGACUGAAGACAACAAGCCUGAUCAGCCAGUUUGUUCCAGUUUUGAACGAUAUGGGGUGUGUUCUGUCUAAAGUUCAGCAAAACUAAAAGUGAAAGUAUCUGAGAGGACGGAGUCUGUAAAAUGGAGGCUAAAGCUUUGGUUCCUGAGGACGAGCUCUGUUGUUCUGUAUGUUGCGAUAUUUUUAAAGAGCCUGUUAUCCUGAAAUGCAGCCACAGCUUCUGUGGAGUGUGUCUGAAGCAGUACUGGGAAGAGAAGAGCUCUCGAGAGUGUCCCAUCUGCAGGAGAAAGGCCUCUAUGGAUAAUCCUCCGGCAAACCUGGCCUUAAGAAGCAUUGUGGAGUCCUACUUAAAGCAGAAGACUGAGAGAGAAACUACCGACACGAGUAAUGCUCGCUGCAGUCUUCAUGGGAAGAAACUUCUAUUCUUCUGUGAACAUGACAAAGAGCCUCUCUGUGUCGUCUGUCAGACUUCAAAAAAACACAGAAACCACCCGGUCUGUCCAGUGGAAGAGGCCGUACUGGAGCUGAAGGAGGAACUCAAGCCUGCACUUAAUCUUAUUAAAGAAAAACUGAAGAGGAUUACUGAGGUUGAACAAGAAUGUAAGAAAACAGCUGAACACAUCAAGAGUCAGGCCCAGCACACAGAGAGGCAGAUAAAGGCAGAGUUUGAGAAGCUCCACCAGUUCCUACGAGAGGAAGAGGAGGCCAGACUAGCUGCUCUGAGGGAGGAAGAGGAGCAGAAGAGUCGGAUCAUGAAGGAGAAGAUAGAAAACAUCACAGGACAAAUCUCCACUCUUACAGACAACAUCACUGCUAUAGAGAAGGCAAUGGACACUGAAGACACCUCCUUUUUACAGAGCUACAAGAACAUCAAGGAAAGAGCCCAGUGCACACUGCAGGAUCCAGAGCUGCUCUCAGGGGCACUGAUAGAUGUGGCCAAACACCUGGGCAACCUGAAGUUCAGAGUCUGGGAGAAGAUGCUGGAGAUGGUGCAGUACACUCCUGUGUUGCUGGACCCCAACACUGCAGCCGCCUCGCUUUCUCUCUCUGAUGAUCUGACUACUGUGAGAUUAGGUACAUACCAGAAAUAUCCUGACAACCCAGAGAGGUUUAAACUCUAUGUGAAUGUGCUGGGAUCUGAGGGGUUUACCUCAGGGACACACAGCUGGGAGGUGAAGGUUGGGAAUAAACCAGACUGGAAUAUAGGAGUGGUGAAAGAGUCCAUCAGUAGGAAGGGAGAUAUAACAUGCAGCCCAAAGAGUGGAUUCUGGGUCUUAGCGCUGAGGAAUGGUGAUAAGUACCUUGCAGCUGGAGCUGCUGACCUCACACUGAAGAGGAAGCCCCAGAGCAUCAGAGUGCAGCUGGACUAUGACAGGGGGAAGGUGUCCUUCUUCGACUCCAGUGACAUGUCACUCAUUUACACUUUUAAAGACACAUUUACUGAGAGAGUGUUCGCAUUCUUCUCUCCCUGUUUGAACAAUGAUGGUAGGAACGAAGGACCUCUGCAAAUAUGCCCAGUUGAAGUUUCCGUAACAGUGAUGUCAUCCCAGUGAGCAUUUUCUUUUCUUUUCUUUUUUGAACAAAGAACAGGUGUAGGAAUUUUGGUUGUUUCUAAUCUGCCUCAGCGUGCCUGGUUAUUGACUUGAUCUGGGGCAGACUAGACAUGUGAACUGAUCAAAGGGGACUGGUUGAUGGCCUACCAGAACCAAAUGGGAGGCACACGCACAGAGGCCUAUCACAUUUGGUCAGUGUGAUAGGCCUCAGUAUGCAUGAAUGUUGAUUUAGGAUGGAGCUACCGGAGACAUGGAAGUAUAAAGGGGGGUGUUUUAAUAGCCUAUCAGAAGAGAGCAAACAUGCAUACAGAUGUAACAAUAACCGUUUGGUUACCUUGUCGGUACAUUUUGCUCUGGUAGAGGGGUAUGAAGCUGGUGCUUGAACAGCACUCUGUUGUAA